GUGGACAACUAUGAUGGAAAAGUCAAAAAACAUUGUCUUCAAUGAUGUCAAAAAGGGACUUUCCCUGCCCGGUACUUUCGGGAAGAUAUGUCGAUAAGAAGUAGCAACCUUGAAAGGAGGUGGUAUAACACGUGGCUGUCAGCUGAUGUGUGCGCGUUCACCGACUUUCCAGACUGCUGACUGAUUUGGAAUGUUACAUCACCCGAAGUUUAGAUUGUUUAGAGAUUCUCACCCUAACGCUGAGCUACAGAUACCGCUCAUAGCAUGAAGCAGUGUGCAAUAACAAAAUAUAAAAAAUAUGGAAGAUAAAACAAAAAAGUUAGCACGAUGGUAUUUUGGUGGACUUUCUUCAGCAGGUGCUGCUUGUGUAACCCACCCUUUAGACUUACUAAAGGUUCAUUUACAAACACAGCAAGAAGGUAAAUUAUCUGUAGUACGAUUGACAACGUCUAUAGUAAAAAAUCAAGGAAUUUUAGCUUUAUAUAAUGGUCUUAGUGCUUCUCUACUCCGUCAGCUUACAUAUUCUACAACGAGAUUUGGAGCGUAUGAAGUAGGCAAACAAACUUUUGAGAAACCUGGACAUUCGUUGUUAUUUUAUCAAAAAUUGUUAUUAGCUGGAUUUUCUGGUGCAGUUGGUGGAGUUCUUGGAACACCAGGAGAUGUAAUUAAUGUACGCAUGCAAAAUGACAUAAAACUUGCACCAGAACUUAGAAGAAAUUAUAAGCAUGCUUUGGAUGGAAUAGUGUGUAUAGUUCAACAAGAAGGUUUUAGUAAAUUAUUUAGUGGAUGUACUACAGCAACAUUAAGAGCCGCUUUAAUGACUAUUGGACAACUGAGUUUUUAUGAUCAAAUAAAAAUUACAAUGAUUGAAAGUGGUUAUUUUGAAGAUAAUCCUGUAACUCAUGUAUUAUCAAGUGUGUGUGCAGGUGCAGUAGCUACAACUCUUACACAACCAUUAGAUGUUUUGAAGACACGUGCAAUGAAUGCUAAACCUGGAGAAUUUAAGAGCUUAAUGGAUUUAUUUUUGUAUACUGCUAAACUUGGGCCACUAGCCUUCUUCAAGAUGGCCGGAAAACCGAACACCCAAGCUUUAUACGCUCAAAGCCAGUUGGAUCACAUGUGUGCCCUGGAUAUCGAAAGCCGAGCAUCCUUUGUCCGCCUUUCGGGGAUCAUUUGCACAAUUGGACCGGCUUCAAGAUCCGUUGAAACCCUUGAAAAAAUGAUCGAAACUGGCAUGAACAUUGCUCGAUUGAAUUUCUCCCAUGGGUCUCAUGAGUACCAUGCAGAAACUAUUAGUAAUGUGCGACAAGCGCAGAAGAACCUCUCCGCUCGUAAUGGCCUCAAUGUUCCUGUAGCGAUUGCUCUUGAUACCAAAGGUCCUGAGAUUCGUACUGGACUUUUGGAAGGAGGUGGCUCUGCAGAAGUUGAGUUGCAGAAGGGCCAAACCUUCAAACUGUCCACUGAUAAGGCUCAUGCGGAAAAAGGAAACGCCAAUUUGGUUUAUGUGGAUUAUGACAAUAUCUCUAAAGUACUGAAGGUUGGAAACCGUGUCUUCGUUGAUGAUGGUUUGAUUUCCCUCAUCGUUACUGCAGUCAGUCCCGAAGUAAUUACGACAACCAUAGAAAACGGUGGAAUGUUAGGUUCUCGUAAGGGUGUCAAUCUGCCUGGUGUACCAGUCGAUUUACCAGCUGUCUCUGAGAAAGAUAAAUCCGACUUGCAGUUCGGUGUUGAACAAGAAGUUGAUAUGAUCUUUGCUUCAUUCAUCAGAAACGCUGCGGCUUUAACGGAAAUUCGAUCCAUUCUUGGCGAGAAGGGCAAGAACAUUAAAAUCAUAUCGAAAAUUGAAAAUCAACAGGGCAUGACAAAUCUUGAUGAAAUCAUCGAAGCUUCCGAUGGUAUCAUGGUAGCACGUGGUGAUCUUGGUAUUGAAAUACCACCGGAGAAAGUGUUCUUGGCGCAAAAGUGCAUGAUCAGCAGAUGCAACAAAGUUGGAAAACCAGUCAUUUGCGCUACACAGAUGCUUGAAUCUAUGGUGAAGAAACCGCGCGCGACCAGAGCUGAAACAUCAGACGUGGCUAAUGCUAUUCUUGAUGGUGCAGACUGUGUCAUGUUAUCAGGUGAAACUGCUAAAGGAGAGUAUCCAUUGGAAUGUGUGCGUACAAUGGCCAACAUCUGCAAAGAAGCAGAAGCCGCCAUUUGGCAAAUUCAAAUCUUCCAUGAUCUGGCGAACAAAGCACUGCCUCCAGUUGAUGCUACACAUGCCGUCGCAGUUGCCGCUGUUGAAGCAUCUGUGAAGUGUUUAGCAAGUGCCAUUAUUGUAAUUACAACCACUGGUCGUUCAGCACAUCUGAUCGCAAAAUAUCGGCCCCGUUGCCCAAUUAUUGCAGUAACUAGAUUCCACCAAGUUGCACGACAAGCACAUUUGCACCGUGGUAUUCUCCCACUCUACUACGAAGAUGCGCCAUUGGCUGAUUGGGUGAAGGAUGUUGAUGUCCGAGUUCAGACUGGUUUGAACUUCGGCAAAAGUCGUGGUUUCGUUAAAACCGGAGAUUCAGUUGUAGUUGUCACUGGAUGGCGACAAGGCUCAGGAUUUACAAAUACACUUCGUGUUGUGACCGUUGAUUAAACAUGCACUGGCUGGGCUAUAAAGAGCAAAAUGGUUCAGUAACUUUAGCUUUUGAAAAUUCAGUAUGUAUAUAACUUAUACUGUAUGGUGAAUUUAGUAAACUUGUUAAACGGGUAACAAUCUGAAAAUGCCGGUAGCUGCAGUAUUAUUGCUGUAACGAAGUACCUACAUACAUGAAUGCAGAAGUGCACAUAUGUAUUUUAAGGUAUACGAAUAUAGAUACAAAUGAACAAACACACACACGCACACAUACACACUUACACGUACAUAUACAUACCUCUAUUGAAGAACAAAAUGAUUAUUUGAACCAAUAAAUUAUUGAAAUCAGAGAUAUUGUUUACUAGAAAAAACAUGCUGUGCUUGAUUCCUAAUUUCUGUAGGAAAGAUGAAUAAAAAAGUUUAUUUUA